ACGAGGCAGCCGUGCGGGUGACGAGUGACAGCCAUGUGAGGGCCUGACGAGAGGCGACCUGUCCGACUAUAAGAAUGUGCUGUUAUACGCGCGGCUAGGGGGUCAUUCUCGCACUGAAGGUGACAGCGUACCCUGCUCGCUCACACUGGAGACGUCGGAAUCGGCACCGUCUCUCCUGCUUCUCUCUUAACUCUCUCUCGUGGACAUACAAUGGCAACGCUCAAUGUAAGACCGCAACGUGCACCGCUGAAGGAGAGCAAGACCGCCCCCGCUGGUCUUCUCCCUCAAUUCACGAAACCUCUUGAUCUGCAUCCUGCCCGCUCUAGGCUCUUAUCACAGCAGGAACCGAUCAGUUACCCAGUAUUGAGACCGCAUGUCUCAACACAGGCGCUUCAGGGAUUCCAUCACCAGCAGCAGCAACAGCAGCAGUCUACGUCACAUUCCCAGCAGCAGCAGCAGCAGCAACAACAACAACAACAACAAGACUCGCCUGUCUCACUCACCACUGCAGGGCCGAUCACUCCCCCCGCAGGCACCUCCCCGACCCUUGCCACCGCUCUCGGCGCAGGAGGAGGUAGCGACAGGGGAACGCCACCGUCUCAAAGACCGCCGCCUUAUUCUGUUCACCCCCCUCUCUCUCAAGCACAGGGGCACAACCCCUCCCCGACCCAGGCACAUCCGACCGUCCAAAUCCCCUCAAAUGGAGCAAGCGGAACUGUCGCAAACCCCAGUCCAACACAGAGGAAGGUCGUACACCGUGUGCCAGCACCGCAAGACCUUAGGGAGCUAUCAAGAGAAACCGCUGGUGAACACCUCGCUUCUCUAGCUUCCUUCGCUUCCCUGGGUUUCAAUUCGCACGGUUCAUGGCCCGGGCCCGGGGCAACGGCGCCAUUACAGCAACGGACAUCACCUACUGCUGCCCGGCAACAAACACGCGCAUCUCCUACUACCGCCCGUGCCCCCCCUCCUCCUCCUCCACAACAACAGCUCCGCGGAAAUCAGUCUGCGUUCUUCCCCGAUCUGGGGCAUGUCGCUCAAUCGCAGGCUCUGGCACAAGGGCAAGGGCAAGUGCAAGGACUCCCGCAAAUUCAGGGCCACGCACGAAAUCUUAC